AUGGCGGCGGGAAUGUAUUUGGAGCAUUAUUUGGACAGCAUAGAAAACUUGCCCUUCGAGUUGCAGAGAAACUUCAAUUUGAUGAGGGACUUAGAUCAACGCACAGAAGAUCUGAAAGGACAGAUCGACUCCCUCGCAAAAGAAUACACAUCAAAUGCGCGAACUCUUUCCUCUGAGCAAAAGCUGUCCAUACUGAGGCAAAUUCAGCAAUCGUACAGCAAAUGCAAAGAAUUUGGCGACGACAAAGUGCAACUGGCCAUGCAGACCUACGAAAUGGUCGACAAACACAUAAGACGCCUAGACACAGACCUGGCCCGUUUCGAAGCAGACCUGAAGGAAAAACAGAUUGAAAGCACGGACUACGAUUCCACCUCCAGUAAAGGAAAAAAAGUGGAUACUAGACAGAAGGAAAAGAAGUCUGCUAAAACGAGAUCUAAAGUGAAGAGCUCUGAUGAAGAUGGCAGUCCCAAGAGCGCCCAGAAGAAAGUCAAACUCCUUCAAACGGGUGAAUUCAACAGCCCCUCCACCAACUUUGGAAAUGUUCACCCAUCCGAUGUGCUGGACAUGCCAGUGGACCCCAAUGAGCCCACCUAUUGUCUGUGCCAUCAGGUGUCUUAUGGCGAGAUGAUUGGCUGUGACAACACUGAUUGCUCCAUUGAGUGGUUCCAUUUUGCAUGUGUGGGUCUGACAACCAAACCACGAGGCAAAUGGUAUUGUCCACGCUGCUCUCAAGAUAGAAAGAGGAAAUAA